AUGUGCUUAGCACGUGGGUCAAAGGUGAAGAAUAUCACCCAUGGCGUAUCGAGGCACAUUCGAUCCAUCGGAUUUCCCGAGGGUAGCGGCAUGGGGAUAUUCUUUGCUCUCGGCGUACCGAUUGACAUCCCCGACAAGUCCAUAUUAUUCUCUUUUUACUUCGAGGCAAAUUAUGGUCUACCAGGCAAUUGGAAUUCGAGCUAUUAUACCGAAGUAGAACACUUUAAAAGACGAAGUCUCGAUAGAAGAUUAGCCUACGACAUUAUCACAAAGAAAUUAGAAAAUAAUGGCUAUUCGGGAAAAAAUUGUCUACUGAAAACAAUUUGUGAGAUUGCUAAAUACUCGUUGAAAGGAAACGGACUUCUCGGAGAUAUCGUCCGAAUUUUAUUUGCACCUUCCAGUUCGCAAGAGGAAAAUCUUCCGGACGAGAUAAUUAAAGCAGAAUUCGAGGAAAAUUGUAAUCGACGUUAUGACUGUGAGAAAAGUCUGUUGGAUAUUGUAAGCUCUGUGGUAUACAAUGACGUGGGAUAA